UCAAAAUCAAAUUUCGUCAAACUAAAUAGGCGGAAUUACUUGCUUUUUACAUUUGCAAAUUUCGAGCCAGAUUGAAGAAUUACUUUUUUCACCAGGAGGACGUUACUUCCUAUCUUUUGUGAGAUACCUUUUCAGUUAUUGCACCUUUUUAUUCCAAUUUUAAAAUGCUGAGUUAUUUUGUGUCGCUAACCACCUGAAAGCAUUUUCAAAAUGUUCAUCGAAUUUUUUUCAUAUGUCGUCAUGGAAACCUUUGAUAUGCUAAUAUAUUUAAUCUUUGUGCCAACCAAAGAAGAUAUCCCAACGGCUCGAACCUUUCAUGUAUGCGCUCGUUUACGUCGAGAAGUUAUUUUCACAUCUUAUUGCAUUUUGCGCGGAAGACCUUUUCCUAAACGGAAUCGUACCUUCUAUCCCAUUUUUAAUGCAGAUAUCAAAAGGAAAUUAUUUUCACAGCCAUACAUCGACGGCCUUAAAUAGAACUAAUUCAACGGUAGAAUAUUCGCGCGAAGGCUGGUUGACGAAAGGAUGCUAGCUGACGAGAGGGUGUUGUAUCUAUUUAUCAGCGAUUCGCUCGAACCAUGAGGAUCUUCACAGCAAUAUAAAUAGCAGAUGGGUACUGGUUGUUCAAAAUCGGUUGUCGUUAUUUCAAACACGAGCUGGAAGACCCACGACGCGCGACCCAGCCAAAGUUCUGCUUCGCAUAUAUCAUCUACAAAAUGUUCAGGAUCCACCAUUAAAACUCUUGCGGAGGCCGCAAUUUGGAGCCCAUUUAAGCUGAGCCGUUCUGAAGCCGAGGAACUUCUGUCUCAAGCGGAGCCCGGUGCCUUUGUUUUUUCCCAUGACAUGACGUCAGAGUUAUUUCUAUCGAUAUGCGCGGGAAAAUACGUGUGCCAUCAUGCCGUGUUAACACGUGACCAAGGCUACUACGUCGGCGCAAGACGCUUUACGACGAUUGGAGCUGUAGUUGAUUACUUUAAAGACCAUCCUCUGGGAGAAACCACUUUAAAACAAGAGUUUAAAACACCUAACCCAAGGAUCACUUCUCAAGUACAAAUCAAACAGCAUCCAGAUAUCAUUAUCUCUUGUUCAGCACAAAUUUCUACAAAUGGCCACGACGCUGGUCAAUUUCAAUGCGAUCAGUCGCCUUCCACUCUCCGAACGUCCGUCAGUAGAAAGAAUAACCAAUCACAAUCGCCUAAAAUAAUGUUGACGUCACAUCCGUCAGGGAGAGAAAGGACUCUUACAGACGAUGAUGGUCAGGUGCUGGUUGCCAUAGACAAUGAUGGGCAAACACCUCCGAGAUGCCAUCCACGGGUCGAUACACUAACAAAGAAACAGUUAACAAGAAGUAUGGCAAUAGAUAGGACUGACUCCUCGGGAGAAAUUCAAGAAACAGCUCUCUCGCCAUUGUUACCUACAAGAAGUUCAACAGUUAAAUGAGAAAUGGCUCACUAUGAGUCACGUUCGUCCGAAAAACUCAGUGGUGUUUUCUUGAACCAGGCCUCAGUUAAAGAGAAGCCUACUAAAUGAAAAUGGCUCACUCUCUCACAGUCUGGACACGUUUUUUGACAGUCCUUCGUAUAGAAGUCUAUAGAGGUCUUUCAUUAUUACAUACCGUCAUGGAAGGGAAACAGAAAAACAUUCAACAGUCAUAACGAGAAAGACAUGAAAAAUGUUCUCCAGGUUUGUUCAUACGAUAUUUUUGGUAUGGCUACUAUUAGGCAAAGAAUGCACACGAACCUUUUAAGGUGCGUCACCUUUAAUAACCUCUAAAGUGAAAAAAUCGAGGAUCUCUGGUCCUCCGAAGCUCGAUCGUUCCUUUUUAACUCUAGAAUGAUUUUGAGAUCGAUUUUGAGCUUUGAAUGAUUUUGAGAUCAAAGCUUUCACACCCAACCUAAACACGUUAACGUUGUUACCGUGCUUUAAUCGCGCAUGCAAGUGUUUUUGCCUGCCCUGUGAAUAAAAAACAAUCAAACAAACAAACAAACCAAAUGAAACUGAUUUUUUUAUUUACUGUAAUAUUACAAAUAGUGUAGAUAGAGUGAAAAAAUAUUUUGACUUGUUGGUGAACUUAAAAAAAAAUAAAUGAUGAAUUGAUUUUCCCAGUUAAAUUGCAAGUCAUUGCAGAAAAAAGUCUGGAGGAAAAUUUAAGGGCAACGACUGAUCAACUCAUCACAAGGUGUGAAAUGGUGUACAACGUCGAUAAUGAGUUAAAACACAACCGCUCCGUUUAAGAUAUGAAUGAAAGAGCGCACUACAUGGUGGAAAGUCAUUAAACCACCCUGUACAUUCACUAAAACAUUAGCAGUAAAAUAUCGUCUUUCAUCACCAAUCCUUAAUUUUUUAGUUUUUCAUUCAGUAGAGAAAGGAUGGUGGAAAACUCAGUCUGCUGUGAUACACAUGAAUUAUGUAACAUACCUUACCAAGGAGAAGACAGCUUGAAUGGCACACUUUAUAUUAAAAUUUUGAGGUUUAUGCC